AUGCCCACCAAUGCAUCCCCCGACGCGGAUCCGCUUCCUUCUACCGCAAAUGCCACAACCCACAACGGACCCAGAAACGGACAGACGGCGGAGGGUGACUUUCCGCCGGAAGAAUCAAAUAUUUGGACAACAAAGGAAAUGCGCGUGUUGAAAAAGCAUGUACAGCCCUACAAAGAUACAUCAAAGUCAUCCAAAGCAGACUACAUACAGAACACUGUCAUACCUGAGCUGCAAGCUACAUGGGAUCACAGAUACUCUAGACGUGCUAGGAAGGAAGAUAAGCAACUACACAAAGAAUGGAAGGUGAAGAAGCAUCGAAUAUUUAAUUGGUUUAGAAACCAUGCGUCAAAUCGAAUUGGUGUAAAAUUGGAAGGAUUGAACUCCCGUAUAACCUUUCAGACGGUAUUCCGUGAGGAGAAGUUGGCAGAGAUUGACUCCGAGGUUGCGCUUCUAUCAGGGAAUGCUGCUCGUGGAAGUAAAGAUUGGAUGAAGUUUUAUCAACAAGGACGUAAGCAGGUUGAGGCCAGAUUGACUCAGGAGGAGCGGGACAGGUUCAUGGAGAUCCUCGAGGAAUGGAAUAAGAAAGGUGUUUCAAAAUCAAUGAAGGCAAAGACCCAGACAAGCGAUCUAGCACUCGACGAUGUCAGAAUUCCUUCCUUUGGGCAACUCUUUCCAUCCGAGUUGGCCGCUUUUCGCAGAGCGUUUGUUCAAUACCUCGUCCACAUUUCAGAAAUAGAGAAGGGUGUGGCCAAUCCAGCACUGCCAGAUGCAUCGUUUCAUGAAAAAUCCCUCAAGUUUAGCAGCAAUGGAUUUCCAAUAGUACCUAGUCCUAUCUAUGGCUCAACUGGGAAAGAAGUCGCUUAUGCACAAAAGUCAAUUAUUAGAAUUUACAUGAACAAGGUUUAUGCUUUAGCCAAGGACAGGCCUGGUUCAAGUGUUCCUUGGGAUGCUCUUGAAAGGCGUUCUGCAGAAAUGAUUGAUCCAGAGUAUUGGCCAAGUUCAAUCCCCGUGACGGAUCCAAGCCGGCUCCGCCUGGAGUCAACCUCUGCAAUUCUCAAGCUAUGGAGGGACCGUCAAGCCCAAGGAGACAUCCCCUUUAAAUUUUCAAAGGUUUUUGGAAAUGGCUAUGAUAUUAUGGAACCUCUCUAUCCGUCCAACUUGUUUGACGGCCUAGAAGCCCACCCGAUACCUCCACCUCCUGCAGCAAUAACCAAACGUUGCCUGAGGCAAAAAGCUAUACGACUUCAAACCCAAUCUUCAAGCAACUCUGAAUCAUCCAAUCUGUCAGAGUUUGAUAAUGGACGGGGCAGUCCGGCAUCCGCGAUGCCACGCACUACUGCCAGAUUUGAAGUCACACCAGAGACGGAUGAGACUCCUACCGACGCACCUUCAAGAUCUAGCGAGCCACCCUCUCUACCAAGUAGAUCCAGCCCAACAAUUGUCAAUCCAUCAUCCAGCCCAACUCCAGAGGUUGAGGAGGCGCCUCCCAAGCCAGCUAGAAAGAUUAUGCCAAGAAAAAGAACAAAGCCAUAUGUCGGAACGGCGGAAAUGGACGGACCCGAUGAAGAGAGUUCUGUACCGGCCCCAGUUAAGCCAAAACCAACUAGAAGGAUUCAACCUAGGAAAAAAACAAAGCCCUACUCAGAUCCACUUGACACAGUGGAAGAAAGUGGAGUUCAGACAGGAACAACCCAAGACACGGAUAAUACACGGGCCGGCAGGGACGUGACUUGUGAUGCCUUUGUGGAGACAGUAACAAGUCCAGAUACGGAUGAAACACGGGCCCGCAGGAAUGUGACUUCGGAUGCCUUAGCACUUCAGGAAGCAAGUCUGCUUGUUGUAGCAGGUAAAAGACAAAGAAAAAAAACUUUGAAAGCCUAG